UCGUGUCGCUGAUAAACAUGUCAACAACAGCAUCAGCAGAACUGCUGCGAUACUGCUAGGGCGGAAGUUUCCCCGAAACUACAACUCCCAGCAGCCCCGUGCUGUGACGUCUCAUACAAGAUGGCGCCGGCCAAGCAGUGUUCCACGUUUGAAGCCCCUCCAGGUUACACAGCUGUCCCAGUGAAAUUCUCAGAAGAGCGGAGAACCCAUCACUAUUUGUACAUUAAGGAGCACAAAGUAAGAGAAGACUUAGAUCAAACACGGCCACAGAAUCGUACACUGUUUGUCCUUAAUGUUCCUCCAUACUGCACAAAGGAAAGUCUGUCCCAGAUAUUCACAUCCUGCUCUCCAGUGGAGUCGAUAGAGCUACAGGAUAAACCAGGGCCUUCUGAGGCACAGUCCAGUGCAUUCUCCAAACACUUUGGACUGAAGCAUCUCAAUUGUCCGCAUCCUGCACGGCGUGGACAGGAAACCAGGGUUCCCCAACCGUUGCAGAUAUUCCGUUGUUGCCCGACUCAAUGCAGGACUCUAGAUGAGGCACAUAUAUCAUUACAGGGCUUUAAAGUGGCAUAUGUUGUGUUUAAACACCCGUCUGGAGUUCAGGCCUUUAAAUCUUUUAAAGUUAAGAAACCAGUUGUGUUGUCAGGAGUUGGCCAUUCUAUAAAAACCGGAAUUAACAAGUGGAUAGAUAAUUAUCAGGCAUCUCUCACGGAUGUUGCAGAACUGCAAGCUGAAGUAGAUGAAUUUAUGAAGGGAUACGACGAGAGGGUGGCAGAGGAAGAGGAAAAGGCUAAAGAGGAAGAGGGGGUCCCUGAUGAGGAAGGUUGGGUGAAGGUGACAAGGAAGGGCCGGCGUCCUGGCUUGGCAAGAACAGAGGCAGUAAAUAUUCGAGUGACUGAAAAAGAAAAGAGAAAGAGAGCCCAAAAGGAACUCCUCAAUUUCUAUGCUUGGCAGCACAGAGAGAGCAAGCGAGAGCAUCUAGCUGAACUACGUAAAAAGUUUGAAGAGGACAAGCAGAAGAUUGCACUGAUGCGGGCACAGAGGAAGUUCCGCCCUUACUGAUACAGGCCAGUGUCUUGAAUCCAGCCAUAGUAUAUCUUGUGUCAAUGCCUCCUUUUAAAGGGGACUGUUUCUAAUCAUUCUGCAAGGCAGUCACCCCAGCUGAUUUGGAUGCAGUUCCCCUGUUUUUUUUAAAGGACAUUUUUUGUAUUCCAAACGUGACAGAAAACUCAAGUGGAAAUAAAACCCUUAUUUCUAAGUA